AUGAAAAACAAUAAAAAUCAUACGGAAACAUUGGAUAUACCGCCGUGGGAGAAAUUUAGCCGUUGGGUACACUGUAUCUGUGUGGUAACGUUCGAUCUUGAAUUGGGGCAGUCUAUUGAGGUUGUUUAUCCUGGUGAUGCACAAUUAACUGCUAAUGAGAGAAACAGUAUAUGCUACUUAUCGUUUCCAGACUCAAAUAGUGGCGUGACAUGUGAUACUAAUUUUCAUUUUCGUAUACGCCGUUCAUUUAGUUCCAACUUGACAGCAUAUAAUACAUAUUCAGAUAAAGUACCAGCAACUAUUGAUGCUGAUUCACAUAACUUUUAUGGAUUUGUUCAUUUCAGGCAAAAGAAAGAUUCUUCCUUGCCGCGCGGUUAUUUUCAAAAGAGUCUUGUUUUAUUAACAGUUCUUCCCCUUUUUGAAUUGUUUUCGCUUGUUGUCGGUGUGAUUGCUCAAGGCUUUUUCGAUUCUGGUGAGCCAGCAAUUGAAGCAGCCUGCCAUCACAUUGACCAAUGGUCCGCUCCGAUUCCUGGGUUUGUACUUCGUUUACCGCUGAUGGGAAAUGUAAUACAGUGUCGGAUUCCGUGCCUUAUUGACAUUUAUUCACUGCAGAGAAAUUAUUUAAUCGAUGUUAAACUCACUUCACCAAAUAAAAACCCUGUUUUACUAUCCAUUAUGAGCAAAUCAACAUUUCCAAAGAAUUUAUCAUUUGUUGUUAAUUACGUGCAGCUGAUUUGGGAAUUAGUAUUAACUGGAGAGCCAAUUGUGGUACUAGCACAUAACCCAUCAGAAUGUUCUUCUUUUGUGCAAUCACUCAUAUCGUUAAUAUGGCCUUUAAGAUACGCUAAUGAUUGUCGACCUUUCUUCACUAUUCACGACAUUGAAUUUCGAGAGCCAAAUGUUAUUCUCGGAGUCACCAAUCCAUUUUUCGCAAAAGUAUUUCAAAACUGGCCACAUAUUAUUCGUAUGGCUCCUUCAGGAGACCAACAGAACAGUAUUGGAAAAAGAAAAAAAAUUUGGAAUAAACAUAUGUUAGAAACGAAGCAUGGUUUAUUCAGCCAAUACAAAAUGUUCCUUCAAAAGGAUAAAGCACUUUUUAAAGAUGUACUGAAAGUCAGUAAUCCACAUGAUGGAAGUAUACCAUUAUUGCAACGAGGACUUCUUGAUCUGACACAAAAUUUCAUGAUGCCUUUAGAGAACUAUGUUUCGUCGCUGAUGCCUUUAAAAAAACAUUUGUCACCCUUCAAGAAUGUCCCUCAGAUUGAUCCGUUCGUGAUGGACAAUUUUUUCUCUGCUUUGGAUGAGACAAGAAUUAUGCAAACGUCAGGUAUAAAAGGAGAUUGGCGAGGUUUGUACCAAAAAUUUACUACUUCACAGAAUUUUCAAGAUUGGUUAUGCCGCAAAAAAAUGGAUCUUGAACGGCAGCUGCGUCUUCUGCAUUUAGAAAUGCUUUGCAAUGCAGAUUUUAGUAAAGAAACACUUCACGAACGUUCACAAGUAGAAAUUGUUGAUCUGGUCCUCAAGCUAAAUGAUCGUAUUCGAAAUUUAGACGAUACAUCAGAAAGUUCGAGAAUUCGAUUACAGUCGCAGAUUUCUUCCAUUUUAUCAUCAGUAGAUGAUGACUUAAAGUCAGUUUUGCUUUCCAGUGAUUCACUGAGAGAUUGCAUUCAGUAG